ACCAAAAGUGCCCCCACCUCUUUACACCCACCACACCCCUCAUCUCCUCUUUAUAUUUAUUCAACCAUAGACAACAACACAAGAAAUUUAAUUGGUAGAACAAAAAACUUUACACACACAACAGCUAAGCCAACCGAGAGAGAGAGAGAGAGGAUCCCUUCUUCUUCUUCAAUGGUGGAACAAGAAAGUACUUCCUGUUCUAUGCCAAAGCUCAUCACUUUCCUCUCUUCUGUACUUCAAAGAGUGGCCGAGUCAAACGAUGAUCUUGACAAUAACGAUUCAGCCACCGAAACACAGAAGAACUCAGCAUUUCAUGGGUUGACUCGUCCAUCAAUCUCUCUUCAAAGCUACCUUGAAAGGAUCUUCAAGUAUGCAAAUUGUAGCAACUCUUGCUUCAUUGUUGCUUAUGUUUAUCUUGAUCGGUUUGCUCAAAAGCAACCGUUACUGCCCAUCAAUUCUUACAAUGUUCAUCGUUUGCUCAUUACAAGUGUUCUUGUUGCUGCCAAGUUCAUGGAUGAUUUGUGUUACAACAAUGCUUUCUAUGCAAGAGUUGGAGGGAUCAGCACAAGAGAAAUAAACUUUCUAGAAGUGGAUUUCCUGUUUGGAUUAGGGUUUGAGUUGAAUGUGACACCCACCACUUUCCACACCUAUUCCUCUUGUUUACAGAAUGAGAUUUUCCUACUUAAUCCUCCUUUCACUAACAUUUCUAUAUUAGCCCCUCCUCUUCCUCCUCCUCCUCCUCCUCCUCAAACUUCACUGAAUAAUAAAACCCUUUUCAUCACCUUUCAACCAGACCAUCAACCUUCCCAUCAUCAAAAAAACCAACAACAGCAACAACAGCUAGCUACUUGAAAGUUAAAAAAAUAACCCCCACUAAUAUUUACUUUCAGGUUUAUUAGCUAAAAACAAAAAUCCAUUAUUGAUCAUUUUGGUCAUAUACACCCAAAUGUUCAAACUUUUUUUUUUCUUCUUCUUCUUCUCUCUUUCUUUGUGUGGUUGUUGGAGAAGUACUGUAUGAUUGAUUGAGGUUCUCAUAUUGUACAUAGAUAUUGAUAUCCUUUUUAUCAGUAAGAAAUGAGAGGAUGUGAAUGUUUCAAAAACAUCACUAGUUUUUCAUGUUUUAAGAUAUAUUCAACAACACCAUCAUUUUUUGAAAUGGAAAAUUCUUUCCAUUACCUA